UGUGACGUCGGAGCGGCAGCAGAGAGGAAAGAUGGCGGCGGUGACCAGAGGCUCGUUCAGUGUGUUCAGACGGCUGCUGAGUCAGCAGUAUCGCCGCAGAUGUUUCCGGCUGCAGAGCUUCAGAUGUGAGCAAAGUCUCCAGCCAGUCGCCUUCAGAUUUGACAGAAACCUGCAGAUGUUCAACAGCAGAGCACUGCACACUGCUACAGUGAGUCGAGGACCCAUCGUCCAGUUCAAACUGUCCGACAUCGGAGAAGGAAUCAUGGAGGUGACAGUCAAGGAGUGGUACGUGAAGGAGGGAGAUAAAGUUUCUCAGUUCGACAGUAUCUGUGAGGUUCAGAGUGACAAGGCAUCAGUCACCAUCACCAGCCGCUACGACGGCGUCAUCCGAAGACUCUACUACGACGUGGAUGCCACAGCCUUAGUGGGCAAACCCCUGGUCGACAUUGAGACAGAGUCCAGUACAGAGGUGAUCCAGGAGGAGGAUGUGGUUGAGACCCCUGCCAUGGCUAGAGAAGAACACACCCACCAGGAGAUUAAAGGUCACAAGACCCAGGCCACCCCAGCCGUCAGACGGCUCGCCAUGGAGAACAAUAUUAAGCUCAGUGAAGUGGUAGGAACGGGUAAAGACGGACGGAUCCUGAAAGAGGACAUCCUGAACUUCCUGGCCAAACAGACGGGAGCCAUCUUACCUCCAGCCCCCUUCCAGGAGAUCCAGACUCCGCCUCCUGCCGCGCCCUCUGCUGCUGCUGCUGCCAGGCCUGUGAGCGCUCCGGCAGCCAUCAAACUUCCACCCGCCAUGCCCAAACCCGUCUUUACUGGCAAGGACGUCACCGAGCCCCUCAAAGGUUUCCAUAAAGCGAUGGUGAAGACAAUGACGGCGGCCCUGAAGAUUCCUCACUUUGGUUACUGUGACGAGGUCGACUUGACCCGCCUGGUGGCUCUGAGAGCCGAACUCAAAUCCAUCGCUGCAGGUCGAGGGGUCACACUGAGCUACAUGCCCUUCUUCAUCAAGGCUGCCUCCCUCGGCCUCCUCCACUUUCCGAUCCUCAACGCCUCAGUAGACGAAGGCUGCCAAAACAUCACCUACAAGGCAUCUCAUAACAUCGGGCUGGCGAUGGACACCGCCCAGGGUCUCCUGGUUCCCAACGUGAAGAACGUGCAGCUGCUCAGCGUGUUUGAGAUCGCUCAGGAGCUGAACCGUCUGCAGGCACUUGGAGCCGCCGGUCAGCUGGGAACCGCCGACCUGAGCGGAGGAACCUUCAGCCUGUCCAACAUCGGAUCAAUUGGAGGGACGUAUGCUAAGCCGGUCAUUCUUCCUCCUGAGGUCGCCAUCGGAGCGCUGGGAAAAAUCCAGAUUCUGCCGCGGUUCGAUGCCAAGGGUCAGGUGGUCCGAGCUCACAUCAUGAACGUCAGCUGGUCGGCGGAUCACCGCAUCAUUGACGGCGCCACCAUGUGCCGCUUCUCCAACCUGUGGAGGGAGUACCUGGAGAACCCGGCGAGCAUGGUGCUGGACCUGAAAUAAACACAGAGAGAAAUGUUUCCCAUCAGCCCCGGGGAGACGCCACACUAACAGACUGCUCCUCCUCACGCUGCCUUCGCUUCAUCUUUCUGUUGGAGGCCUUCACAUGCACUCGCCAUCGUUUCCUUGUUGCCUUUGAGCAAGGUGCCGGGAGGAGGGGUGUCUGUCAAUCAUGUUGUCUCCAUGACGACCAAUCACACACACACACACACACACACACACACACACACACACACACAGAGUGGAGGUUAGAGGUAGUUCAAUAUUUACUGGAUCACACUGACAGUUUAAUGUUUUAGCUGAUUGAUUACAGAUCAGACUGUUUAUACUUUCCAUCUUUCAGUCAUGAAGGGAAACAAACGGCUGCCUGGAAGGAAGCAGAUCAGUCUAAUCUCUGAGCUUUAAACGUGAUUCAUGACGUCUGUUGAGUAGCUGUUCUGGAGCUUUUGGAUCAUACCUCAUGAUCUUCAGCAGCAGCACUUUAAAGUUCUCCAGAACUGCUACUCAACAGACGUCGUGGUGAGAUUUAUUGUCUAAAAACUGACGGAUGAAAGCAGCAGGAAGAUAUAAUAUAAUAUAUAGAAUCUGUAAGCAAAAUGAUUUAAAAUUUGCAAACUUGAAAAGGAUUUUAACAUGUCUGAGUAUCAGGAUGUUUGACAGUUUAUUCCAAACCUUUAAAUUCCCAUUAAAGUUCAACUUAUACAGAAUUCUACUUGAAUUCAUUAUAUGUGAGAUAAAUUUAGUCUCCUGCCUCCGUCUGGAUGGUCCUAAAACUGCUGAUUACUGCUUCUUCUAUAUCAGUUUGUCUGUUUCUUGGAUUAAAUCUGCUUCUUAAUUCCAGUAAUUGCGGCCAGUGUUUGUGGUCAGCUGAUUAAAAACAGCUUCAUGAAGAAUCUGCAUUAAUUAAAAUAACAACCACUAAAACUGAAACAGAGCCACAAAAUAAGCUCCGAAUGUCCGACGCACUUUACGUCAUUUUAUCGCCACAGAUUCAUGAAUAGAUUUUCUUUUUAUCUAACCACCGGAACCAGCUGACCCGGGCCAGUUUAUAAUGCAACCAGCGUCUGAACACAACAGUCUUUUUCUGAGGAAACUAGCAGCGUCUUUCUGAACGAGCUGCAGGUGAACACAGACAGGAAAGUAGACGUCAGUUUGUCUGUAGACUGAAACAUUAAAAACACCAGUACGGUCCUUUUUAAAGUGUGUUUUCACAUCAGAAAAAAUGAAACAAUUCUCAAUAUUUAGAAUUUAGACACUAAACUCUCCACAUAUCCAUGUACUGUAUACCUGCAUGUCAUGUGACCAACAUGUAAAAUCAGAAGACUGGAACUGACUCGUAUUUAUCAAACAUCUGUCGGACAUAACGGUUAAACCAGAACUAAACUUCCUGCUGCUUUUUAUCAAACUGAAACAUGAGAUAUCAAUGAUGUCAAAACCAGUGUGACGAGCUGUCAUUAAUAUUAUAAUGUGUUUAAUUGAUUAGCUGGGGAAUGAUCCGCUGGAGCUUUGAGGUGAGAUUAUCAGUUAAUUCCUUGUUUUCAGUUGAGAAUGAAGGGAAAGAACGAGAUGUCUGUGGAGUGUUUGAUCCAACAGGAAGUUUGUAUUUGUUGGUAUCUGAUGACGUGAAGCAGCUGAAUCCUGCAGGAGAAGAUCAGACACUUAAUGAAACUCUGUUGAACAUCGGGACCAAAUAUGAUGUGAAACAGAGUUUUUCCUCUGAGAUGUUUGAUAAAUACGAGUCCUGCUGUGAUCAGCAGGGAGAGCUGUGCAGUUUGUCUCCGGACACCAGAAAUCAGCAGACAAAACGACAAAACACAGCGAAGAACCAGAUUAACUCGAUGUUAACUUCCUGUUUUGAACUCAACAGCAGUGCUUCCCAACCUGAGGAGAUGCUUUGAUCUAAUCUAAUCUCCUCAGGCUUCUAAACGUCAAAAAUAUCAAAAAUAGAUAAUCGGCCUUUUAACUGAUCACAUAGAAGCUGUGUGGAGAGAUUUGCGUGUUUAAGGGGUCACAGGAUAAAAAGUUUGUGAACUUGCUGCUGUAGCGGAUCAGUCAGAUCUAUCUCAUGUCCUUCACAACCUUCAUGAUAAACAUCAUCAAGCCAAAACUGAAACUGACAAAUCAUUUGAUGCUGUUACAACAUGGUGUUGAUGUUUAUUAAAGACUGUUACAGACACAUGA